AGUGAAAGAAACAUCGGAAUUCCUAGUGACAUAGUAUAACUGGAUUUCAGGCUAGUAGCUUCAAUUGAGAAGGACACGUGUUCUGAAGGAAGCAUGGAUUAAGCAUUCUUUGUCUGCAUCUCUGGUGGUGACAUGUAAGGGCAAGCACAUAAGACUGAGACAGCACAGAGCAAUUCAUAAUGGGACUUUGGGUUAGGUUAAGUGGAGUCCCCCAAUGGACAUGCCUUGAGCUGGAACGCUACCUUCAAACAGAACCCAGGAAGAACCCAGAAAGCUUUGUGGAGGACCUGGACUGUUUUUUUCAUACUUCUGCUCACGGCACAGAAGACAGCAUUCAUCCAUUGGACCCACUCUUGUUACCUGUAGAUAUGAGUACCUGUGACAAAAAUGCCAACAUGGACAUUAUUCUCUCGAGGGACAAACUAUUGUCUGAGACUUGUCUCAGCCUGCAACCUACCAGCUCCUCUACAGAGGGCUAUGCUGCUGUCAACCAGGCCCAACUCAACGCAGUGACCUCACUAACACCUCCUUCCUCUCCUGAACUCAGCCGCCAUCUUGGAAAAACCUCACAAACUAUCUCUGCAGUUGAUGGCACAGUUACACUGAAAUUAGUGACAAAGAAAUCCACCCUCAGCUCUGUAAAGGUUGGUGUAAUAGCACCAGCUAACACAACAAAGUGCGCACUCAGUGACAGUGAACAAGGCGGAUUAGGGGCUGACGCAUCCCCGGAAAACAAGAAGAGGGUUCAUCGUUGUCAGUUCAAUGGGUGCCGUAAAGUAUAUACAAAGAGCUCACACUUAAAAGCGCACCAGAGGACUCACACAGGUACUUGCGUUAGAUGCUUGGCUGUCUUUAACCACACUUAUGCCUUUUGUUUAUUAUUUGUCUUGUUCAGAAAUGAAGCUUUAGAGGAUAAGAGCUACAGGCUUGGUAUAAAAAGUUGGGUUGGAAAAUUGUGUUCCAUACUAUGUCAAGGAGUUUGA